CGGUGGCGCAUUUUCCCCCAAGAGGCGAAGGUGGCGCCCGGCGGGGCGGAAGGGGGCGGUGCUGCCUCCCCCCCCCCCCUUCCCUCCCCUCCAUCCCGCCGGGCGGGGCGGGGCUGCGCGGGUUGGCGGCGGCCUGAGUGUUCACAACCCUUUCUUUAAGAGUGAAUUACCUCUUAUCAAAUAAAGACAUGGAUGGGAACGAUGAAACAUCUAAAAGAAUCCUAGAGCCAUACCAGUAUUUACUUCAACUACCAGGUAAGCAAGUGAGAACCAAACUGUCGCAGGCCUUUAAUCACUGGCUGAAUGUUCCAGAAGAUAAGAUACAGGUUAUCAUUGAAGUGACGGAGAUGUUGCACAAUGCAAGCCUGCUUGUGGAUGAUAUUGAAGAUAACUCAAAGCUACGGCGGGGCUUUCCAGUGGCUCACAGUAUCUAUGGAAUUCCAUCAGUAAUCAACUGUGCUAAUUAUGUGUAUUUCCUUGGCUUAGAGAAGGUUUUAACCCUUGAUCACCCAGAUGCUGUUAAAGUUUUUACCCGUCAGCUGCUGGAACUCCAUAAAGGUCAAGGCCUGGAUAUUUACUGGAGGGAUACUUACACCUGUCCUACAGAAGCUGAAUACAAAGCUAUGGUGCUACAAAAGACAGGUGGUCUCUUUGGAUUGGCUGUAGGCCUCAUGCAGCUCUUCUCAAAUUAUAAAGAAGACUUAAAACCACUUCUUAACACACUCGGUCUCUUCUUCCAGAUAAGAGAUGACUAUGCCAACUUGCACUCCAAAGAAUAUAGUGAAAACAAGAGUUUUUGUGAAGACUUAACUGAGGGCAAGUUCUCAUUCCCAACCAUUCAUGCCAUUUGGUCAAAACCUGAAAGUACUCAGGUGCAAAACAUUUUACGCCAAAGGACAGAAAACAUAGAUAUAAAAAAAUACUGUGUGCAUUACCUUGAAAAUGUGGGUUCAUUUGAGUACACUCGAAAUACGUUAAAGGAGCUUGAAUCUGAAGCCUAUAAACAAAUUGAAUCACUAGGGGGAAACCCUGAGCUUGUAGCACUAGUUGAACAGCUGAGCAAAAUGUUCAAAGAAACUGAAAAUUAAUAAAUUUAUCUCUUGGGGGUGAAUGGAAGCUUUGUAAAAUGGGAAAAUAACUAGAUUAUCUGAAAGGUGCGAUAAUCAGUCUCACUUAAAACUACUUGUGUUGCCACAUUACAGAAAUUACUGUUGAAACCAAUUUGGCCUCUGAGUAUUGUGAUAUAUCCUAUCAUCUAUAUGGUCUUACUUGUAACUGCUUGCAGAUGGCUUUGUUAAAGCAUAUGUACUACAGCUGAAACAAGCCAUGAAUCUGUGUGAUCUUUACACAAUCAUUGGUGUUACUUCAGCCCUGGAACUCUCAUAGGGUAUGGUGCAUAUUCAACCAGGCUACUGUAGGUUUCUGCCUGAAGUUCCAUAUUAAAUUAAAUCUGAUUAACCUGAGUGGCUUGUGUGUUUUUAAGCAAUGCUCUAGUAAACCAAAAUUUGCAAUGUUAAAUAACAAAAGAUACUUGCAACCAGAAUGCAUGUACAAGUGUUGCAUUGUAAAUGUAAGCUACAAUUGUGAAGAUCAGAUGGAUCUUCAUUUAAUCCUAAUGUGAACAUCCUGUACAGUGUCUGAGGAUACUUCCAGGGGAAUACAAAUUGUGGAAAAUGUUUUUUUAUCCAAGUGAGACUAAUGUUUAGACUGAACUGUUAGCUUUAUAGAGACUUCUGCUUAACUUAGGGAGAAUGUUCUGUCACAUCAGAAAAGCAUGAAUUUGCCACUGGUUCCAGCUCUGCUGUGAAUAGCUUUGAUUGCCUGGCUUUAGGUUUUUAAGCUGUCAAAUAUUUUGUAGCCUGGGACUUAAAUCUAUGCAUUAGAUCUCAAGCAUGUAGCUGCAAAUAGCAACAUAGUAAGGUGCUAUUAGGAAUGGUAUGAGAUUUCACAGCAGGUAACUUUAAGACACUGAUUGGUGCAGGUCUCUGUGAUCUCUGCUUUUAAUUGAGGGGGGUUCUCCAGGAGUUAAUUCAUAAUUCAUACCACAUCUAUGUUCUGAUUUUGUAUCAGGAGGCAUGUUAUAGGACUCUCUGUAGGGACAAAUUCUGUAACUUUUGGCUAAGACAAAGUAUGGUAUUCUGUUUUAUAAGAUGUAAUAAUCAGUUUUGUAAAUUGCUUAAAUGUUGGUUUUGAGAUGAUGUACACAGGCUUGCAUGCAUUGAACUGAGAACUAGGUUAGAGGGAUGGCCUGGUAAGUGACAAAAAUCUCUGCUCGUGUGUGUGCACGCAUACGGAAAUGUUUGUUUCUUGGCUGGGCUGGCUUUAACCAUAACCAGGUUCAGUUUCUUUAGUCUUCACAGCCAUAUGUGGUUUUGCUCUGAUGUAGGUUCGGAUCAGAGGUGGGACUGAUGCUAUCAGCAGUGUCUUCAAGCUGAUAACACACUCUCAGAAGAAAUGGCCAGAGGUACUUGGCUUCUAACAGCUGAAGAGUAGUUCUGUGUGUGUGUUCACUUACUCUACCUGGAAAACAGGGAGAGUCAUUACCUCAACCCAACUAACUGAAGAAGGCUGCUAUAACAUCUUCCUUCGGCAAGCCUUGGGAGUCUUCCAAGAGUGAUCAAGCAAGAAAAAAUUCAGGAUGACUGCUUUUAGUCAGAGACAUUACGUAGGUAUAGCUGAUAGCUUAUUCAUUUUAUCUGCGUGCUGAGGAGGGAUCUCUCUGCCUUAUGAUUAAGCACAGAAAGUAGCCUUUUCACUGAGUGGGCCUGGUUGCCAGGAUUGACUAGCUUAAAUUUGAAGGGUAUCUUUUAUUUAAUGUUAAUGACAGUGACUGUAUUUCCUUUCUUAAUUUGUAGUGCUUAGUAGUAAGCCUGUACAUUCCUAGUAUUUUAUGGAAAAAUACCAUCUGCAGCAAAGUGCAAUGCUUAUUUUGUGCCAUGUCUUAGGAGUUUCUAAGCACUGUUGCAACAGUGCUUAGUGAUGUUGAAUGAUGGAGAGAAGAAAAAACAUUGUCAGGAGAAUCUCCUAGCCUUACUGUGUAAGAUGUCUUUCUGCUGACUAGGAUAUUAUGACUAUGUACAGUGCAAAGUGCACUUAGUGCCAUUUCAUUUUGUUCAGUUGCUGGAUGUAAAUAGUUGUAUAAUCAAACUUCCUUGAUGAAGUAGGGUUUUUUUAUUUUAAAACUUUUUUUCUACCAUCUGAGAUUUCUGCUGUGUAGUCAGUUCUUUGGUUUAUUCUGGCAACUCCUCCCAGUAUUUAAUACUGUAUCUUGCCAAAACAUGCAUCCAUUAACUUAAGAGCAGGUACACUGGAAGCUUUCCAGCUCUGGGCCCUUUAAACCACAAGAUAAGAAAAGUACCCCCAAAAAGGCAGCUGGACCAACAAGAAACCAUGCAGCUCUGUCUUGCUGUUCUGCCUGGUAUUUUGAUACCAGACUUUCGAUGCCAGUAGUUACAGCAUUUUCUGACGGUGUAUCUUAACAAUACUCCACUCCUGAGCACUUUGCUCUUCGUUUUGGCUAGAAUAAAUCAAAACCUUUCAGGAUUUUUCUUAAUGUAUUCAGAAGCUGGAAAGGCCAGACUCUUUCCCUUGCAUUUCAUAAGCCAGUAAAGCAUCAUUAAGCAUAGUCUAGGCAGAUUUUAUAUUUUGGUGCCAGAAGAGAUGCUGUAUCCUCAUCUAUAUUCUCCAGCAUUGGCCCUGGUACAAGCUCCUAGUGUUCAGCCAUGUUAGGUAAAUAACUUCCUUGAAGCUGCAUGAGUUGUCUUUGGCUGCAGAAUUCAUUUAGCUGUGUCAGUGCAUUUCUCAGGGGUCGGAUGUCACAUCUGUCUUUGCCUCUUACAUGGUCAACGUUACCUGCAUCAAUUGUAAUGAACGUGGUAUCUCUUCAGGACCUCCCUGAGGAGACAAGCUUGUCUUCUGCCUUUCCCUUUGAGCUCAGGCUGCUCCAUGAACCCACUAAGAGCAACUUUGUACGCAUCAGCCAGCUGCUGACACAACCUCUCAUUUCCACACUGAGCCUCAAAGCUGAAUAUUGAAACUUUGAGUACCUCAGCGAAGUUUCUUUCUGUAAGUCUCACAUUGUUUCAGUGACUGAACUGAGAAGUUCAGCAGCCAGGGAAGCUCUCUCUGUACUCUGCUUCAAGACUGCGCUACUCUGGAGAUGCCUACAGCUAAUGUGACUCCUAGUAAAGCAACCUUGUAAUUACUGUUUGUGGGAAAGAUGCAAACUCUUACCUCUAGGUAAAUGUGUGAAGGCUACUGUGUGGACUCAUUCCUGUGAGACAGUAAAAAUACUUUGAAAUGUGUGGUCUUUGGGCAUUAUUAUUUUCCUUUCCCUCAGAAGCCAUCAAGAGUAUCGAGAGAGUUUCAUAGUUGAGUGCAGAAGGUAUGGUGUGAUGGGCAUAGUAUCUGCUCCUGUUCAUGAACAGAACGUGAAGGAGGUCUGGCAUGGUCUCUGUGAACAUUGCAGUGUUUUUUUUUUAAAUGCAACCCUAUGAAAAUCUCUUAUGCUCAUUAUAAAUACACACAGAUUAAGCAUCUCCAGUAACUUCAGUUACUAAUAAAGCUUUUUCUGAUAACCUCUGAUGCUAAUUUUUCUUCUACAUCAGUAUGUUGAGUGAAGUGCAUGUUCCACAGAAAUCAGCUGUUUUCACAUUUUGUGGUUAGUGUAAGUAGUGAUCUAGUUCAGGCUAUAGAAAUAGGACUAUUUAGGAGCACUCUUAAAUGUUAUCUUUCACAAUUCACAUCUAACCCCAACCCACUUAAUUAGCUACCCUUUUAAUACUUUUAUUUUCUUAAAUUAAGGUUUCAUGUUAGCUUAGUAUACGUAUUUUUUGGUAAGAAGCUAAGCUUCACCAUUCUACAAGAGGUCAAAGAUGCUAUAAGGAAGAUCUUAUAAAAUUGCAGCAUACCUCACAGGUCACAAAGAAAUGACCAUACAAGGUGAAAGCUAUCCCUUUUCCAUUUGAUAAACCUUUCUUCUGCACUUUCAUGCAAAUGUUCCUAAGUUCACCCUUGAAGCCCAAAUGGCAUUUUCUCUACUUAAUUGGACUUGCUGUCAGGGAGGCUCACGCAGUAGGUGUUCAAAUGAACUUCAGCAAACAUUUUCUUCUACUUGUGUUCUGCUGUGCUAGAAGUGCUAUGCUACUUCAUGAUCCUCUAGUCUUCAUGCUUUACCAAGGGCUCCUAUUCUUCACUGUUAACUCUCUGUAAAAGACAGACAAACGCUGACCCCACAACCCAUACAACCCAUCAUUCACUGCAGAACCAGUGCUUUAGAAUCUACUCUUUCCCAAAUUUUUUCUACAGCAAAGAGAUACCUUUUCUAUUUAGUUAAAACAUGUAGUUGCUGUUAUGUAUGCUCACCAGUAUUCUCCUGUAAGUCUGUUUCUCGGAAAUUCUUAUCUACAUUCCUCUGUUGCUGUAAUUAUGAUAGAAAUGCUACCUUGCACUGUGCUAUACACAAAUCUAGUUCCUUCUUCCAGCCUGGCUCUAAAAAGGACUUUAUUAAUGAGAAGUGAGGAAAAGCUUAAUCUGCAAAGCAAACAUGAGUUCAUGUAAAACAGAGUGGGAGGAAUGAGAUGGCAAGAGAAAUUAAUUAGAAAUGGUAGAGGUCGGGAUCUGAUAAAUAUCAGAUUUAAUACUUAAUAUUGUUAAGUGAGUCUGUAAUUUGAGAUGUGAUAGUUAUUACUGAUGUGAUUAGCAGCUGAUGUGUGUGCAGACAUGAGCUUUUAAAGCUAGCAGUAAAAGGCCUUACAACUGUAACCUAGCUUGUUAGACUUUGUAUUCCGUCUUUUCCAAGUUUACUUUCCCCAGUGAUUUAUCCACAGCUUUAGUUCUGCAUUUUUAUUUGCCUUCCACAAACAAAGACUUACAUUUAGGGUGUGGAAAAUAUACAUUGAUAUUUCUAAAACUGUUCAUGGCAGUGGGAAAGAAGCAGUAUUUCUUUAAGCCUUCACCUCAGUGGUUGAUUUUGCUACGUAAGAAGUACCUAAAUGCCUUUGUAUGCUGUGGAAAUUUCCUAUGUUAAUGGCUUCUUCCCCCAGUUUUUGUUGAAAUGCUAACAUUAUGGUGUAAAAGCAUGAGUUUGUGUAUAUUUUCCCACCUUUUUAUAUAAAAAUUGAUUCAAAAUCAAAUGUCUCUAGCACUGAAUUGAGCCAGGCUUUUAUUCACGUACAAGAGCUAUAUGGGCAUCUGUUGCUCCUAGUUCUGUCUUAAUCUCAUCAUGUUACGUUUCAGGUUUGAUAUUUACUAUGCUCUUUGUAUUAUUUGCUCAGUACUUGCAUUGUAAUUCUCUUCCUUCCUCAGCUAUAUUUCUGGGUUGCUACUAAUGCCAUAGCACACACGAUACCGUCAAACUCCUUUUUGGUCCUGGACAAAAUAGUCUGGUUUGCUCCUACUUUAUAUCUUGGCUCAUCCUAUGCCAUUACAAAAGUAAUCCAAGAUUUUCUGCAAUCUUGAAAUGGAAGAAACUUUUUUUUUUUCCAAGAUGCUAAAGCAUUUAACAUUUUAUGUUGCCAUUUUCCAUGUAGUUGGACCUUCUUUACCUCUCCGAAGUAUUUGCCUUUAACACUUAUUUUGCUUUUGUGGUAUCACUCAUUAUAGGCCUUUUCAUGAAAGUUUACCUUGCUAACCAGGGAGAAGAGGAUUUUUUUUUGUGUGUGUGUAUGCGUGUGUGUUUUGGUUUUGGUUUUUUGGUCUGGGUUAAUGAAUUAUUCUACUCAGCAAAAGCCUGAUGAAUGCCAAAGCUGGCAGGUGGAUGAGGCAGAAGCAGAGCCAAGGGAAGGAUUUGAGAGAAUAAGAAUACCCAUUUUAGGCUCCUGAGGCUGCCUCAUGUAAUUUCACCUUGUUUUACAGCUCUCAUUCACUUUGUUAGGGAAAGAAAAAAAAUGCAUUCAGUUUUCCUGAGCUUCCCUUUUUACUUUCCAAAUGUAAUGCAAGAGAUACUAGAGUUAUAAAUGACUUACUCUGAUUGUUAUGUAAAUAACUUGCAUAAUUACUUGCAUAUAUUAUUAUAGUACAGAUAAAACAAAGGGUACAUUGUUUCCCUAGCUUCAGGAAUAGAAAAAUUGUUAGAAAAUUACAGUAAUUGAACAAUCUGUUACAUGCUGACAUGAUUUGAUCAUUACCUCACUUUAGCAUCCUUCCUGGAUGGCUUCUAUUAGACCUCACCACUGGCAUUCACCUUUUCUACAGCAGUUUCUUUUAAAUGACUUCAGAAGGCAACGUGGUGAGGAGGUAACAAAAUAAAUCAUUGUUUUGAUGCCCACUUACUGGCUUUUAUUUUUUUUUUUUAAAUAACAGAGUAAAUCUAAGUGCAUAUGUUUUUCUUUACUAGCUACAUGUACACAUUCAUGCUUGUCACUGAGGCUAGUGGUUCAGCUGGUGUGGCUGGGAAUAAUCCAUGAUUCAUGAAUCCACUUCCAUUCAAGUGUAUGACCUGCAAAGUUUAUAAUUAGGCAUUUGCUGAGCAAUUCAGUUUACUGCAGCAUAGAGAGCCAUGGGAGAUAACUCCCAAGAAGGCUUAACAUGACACUUCCAGGGACAGUGCUACACAACCUAUGUGAGUAACUCUGAUGUGAAGAGAAAUCCUAGAUAAUUUUCUGCUCAAAAACAAUCUGUGAAAAUCCUCUUUACUCCCUUGGAAAUGUGAAUUACAUGAUAUGGUGCCAGUUAGCACAUGUAUCUCCUCUGGAUCACAGUGGAUUAUUUUCACUCUUCAUAAAGUUUCAGUUGUUAUUUCUGGACCAUAUGGUAGAAGUUGCUUAAUGAUUAAAGUAAUAAUUGAAGUCCAUUAAAAAGGGGGGUGGGGGGAAAGAAAAAUGAUAAACUCUUUUUUUAUGCUGUUUUGAAAUGCAUAUAAAAGAUGGCCUGUUGUCUUGCUGUAGUCUAGCAUAUGUUAGCCUGCAGUGAACUUCUGUUAGCUGAGGGAGGCACGACAACUCUGCAUCGACUUCAGUUACUAAGCACUCAGGCGCAUGUGGCAUCAAGGCCCUGUGAACAAAUCAAAGGGAGAAAAAUGAAAGUGCUUGCAAAGAAGAAACACAAAGUUAUUUAAAAAUAGAACUUCAGGUAAUUGUGAAGUUAAUGCACAGAGACAUAGAACUAAAGCCACGGAAAACUGUGGGAGUUAACUGAAGAACCUAUUGCUACUUACGUUCCUUUUGCGGGUGGGAUGGGACAGUGCUACACAGCCUGAUGUGAAAACACCAUUAAGUAAAACACGGUAAAAACCUUUUGAAGGAAUUGUCAUUGCUAUUCCCAGAAAUGUAAAAAGUGUGCUUUAAACCCAUUUUCUUGCAUUUCAAGUCAACCAAAGUGAAUGUUAAAGAAAUUGUGAAGAAAGAUCUUUUACUUAGGCACUUAUAAAAUGUGGAGCUUGUACGUCUAGUAAAAGGUGAAAAUGUUACAUUGGUCUGGUUGUUUUAUUUGCAUUGUCCUGUUGCUGAUCAAAUAAAACCAAGUAUGUUGGA